CUAUAUGACUUUUGUUUCUUCUCCCUGUCCCACUCUCAAAAGGGAAGGAUCUUGGAAAACCUACAUAUCUGCACACAAAUCCAGUUUGUUCGGUUUGUGCGAAACAGCCGGAAACUGGGGAAAGAAAAUGCACUCUUCAUUAAAGACACAAAGUUUAAGCAUGUGCCUGUCUGGAUUUACCAACCAAAGACUCCCUCUGCUGGCCGAAGGAGGGGGGUCGUGUUCUUUCAUGGAGGCGGCUGGGUGUUCGGAAGCAUCCAAACCCAUGAAAAUAUCUGCCACUAUUUGGCCCGAGAGAGUGAAUCUGUGGUUGUGUCUGUGGAGUACCGUCUGGCUCCUGAGCACAAGUAUCCAGCCCCUCUCAACGACUGCCUUGCUGCCACCACCCACUUCCUGGAGACUGCAGAAGACUAUGGUGUGGACAACACCUGUGUCAUCAUUGCUGGCGACAGCGCAGGCGGCUGCCUGGCUGCCACUAUCUCCCAGAGUUUAGUGAAUAGACCAGGCCUUGCAAAAGUGCGUGCACAGAUCCUCAUUUACCCAGGCCUCCAGGCUGUAGACUUCAACUUGCCUUCAUACCAGCAAAACCACGCCGUGCCCAUUUUAUUCAGGGAAUGGGCUGCUUUUUACAUCUUGCAACAUGUGAAUGGAGAAGCUUCACUCCUCGAAGAUAUUUUGGAAGGCUCUCAUGUUCCGGUGAACCUGAAAUUGCAGUACAAGAAAUGGCUGAGUGCAGAAAACAUCCCGAGCGAAUUUAAAACCAGAGGCUACAAGCCCCUAGCGACAGUUCCCUGUGAUGAUGAAGUCUACAACAAAGUGAAGGUUCUGAGUUCUUCAGAGUGUUCGCCCCUUCUUGCCGACGAUGCCAUUGUCCGCCUGCUUCCUGAGACCUGCAUCGUGACCUGUGAAUAUGAUGUCCUGAGAGAUGAUGGAUUACUCUACAAGAAAAGACUGGAGGACAAUGGCAUAGCAGUGACUUGGUACCACAUUGAAAGUGGGUUCCAUGGGAUUCUAAGCUUCUUCGACAGAGACUGGUUGAAUUUCCCUUCUGGUAAAAGAGGGCUGGACAAGAUAGUCAAUUUUAUAAAGAGCUUAUAAAACCAAAAAGCAUCUUUCUAAAUCGGGGGUCUCUGACCAUUUUGGACCAGCGGGAACAUUCUGAACUUUGAGAGAGUGCUGGGGCACCAGUCAUAAAAUACCCCUCCAUACCCUGGAGGGGCUAUGAUAUGACACUACAGUAAAUGGCUGCUAGGGGGUAUGGCAUAAUGAAAAAUGGCUGCCGUGGGGAGCAUGGCAUAACACAGAGAGAGAAACACACCCAACCUUAUGCUUACAAUGGGAAUUGAGCUGUCUUCUGCUGGUUCUGAUUAUGGAAAUCACACACACACUGAUGCCGUCAUGGUCUAAUAACCACAGGGAGUUUUUCUCAGUACAGUGGUACCUCAUGUUGCAAACGGGACGGGACCUGUUCCAGCGACCUGUUCACAACAUGAAAGGACCGCAACAUGAAGCGCUGCAUCUGCGCACGUGCAUGACACAAUGUGGUGCUUCUGCGUAUGCGCAAAGCACGAUUUAGCACUUCUGCACAUGCGCGCAAUUCAUAGACACGCCAAAACCAGAAGUAACCUGUUCCUGGAUUUCUGGGUUCAGUGUGUCCAUAACCUGAAAAGACACAACAUGAAGUAGACGUAUCCUGAGGUAUGACUGUACUGAGAACAAUAUACAUAUUGAGAACAAUAUACGCUGGUUCAGUUACAAAAUCGUGGAGAAGGAGUCUGGUAGGACAAGAGUUAGCAUCCCCCUGCCCUUAAAGAGAGUCCAUAUGUACAUGUUAAACAGUUUAAUAAAUUGUUCUAUGCACACUUAUGUUCAUGUGGCAACCCUAAUAGUGCCUAUGGUCCAAGGUUGUUGAACCCUUUUUAAAAAAUUCUUCAUAUGGAUGAUAUUCAGGAAAAGAAGCAACCUCAAUAAAUGUUUGAAUGUCGCCAAUUUAAAGACAAGGUAAUUGGGAAACAGCUUUGUGUCUUUCAGCUUUUUGUGCCAACUUUUCCCCCCGCAGGGGAUCAGUCAUGUGACCAUUCUUGGCAAACCAUUCCUACAAACCCUCAAAUGUUUAGAUGCUUUUUUAGAGGAGCAAGACUGGAGUCUGUACCCAGUAUCCCUGGGGAGCAACUGGAGUCCCAAAUCCCUGGGAGGGUUCCCUACCCCACAAUUUAACAAAAAUAGAGUGGUGGUCAGAAUGCUGGACUAGGAUCCAGGACAUCAGGGUUCAAAUCCCCAUUCCACCAUCCACUCAGUCAUGAAGAUAUUAUAUGAUGUUUAUUAGACCAAGGAGAAAGGGGAUAGAGACCUUGUGUCGCUGGGAGGAGGCCAAGCAGGGAGCCCAGUGCGACAUGGCUUCCUCUCUCACGCUCAGGAGAAGCCAGCCAUUGAACCAGCCAUUGAUCCUGUGCUCAGCCUCCUCCGCCUGCUCGUCAUCAAAGGGGCCCAGCCCUCUACCAGAAAAUAUUGGG